AUGAGUUCUUUGGAUGAUGAGAGCAAAAUUCGCAAGAAGAGGAACAGAAAGUUUCUUGUAUGUGCGAAGUGCCGGCGCAUGAAGAUCAAAUGUGAUCGUAAGGAUCCGUGCUCUCACUGUGUUAAGACAAAUGCCAAGUGUCAGUAUACGGCACCUGGCGGGGAACCUCGCACUUUUCAGUUGAAGGCUUCGGAUGGAUUCACAGGAAAAUGGGAAGUGAAUUUUCAGCCAGAUCAAGUUUCUGACAAUUCGUCCGUUUCAAGCUUUAAAGUAGAUCGUACCAGCUCUGAUCCAACAGAAAUACGAUCACAGAUUGACCAACUAAAGCAGCAACUAGAUUCACUUUCGGAAAAGGUUAAGGGAAAUAACAUUGAUGAAAUUUCUAUACUUGAUGUUCCUUUUCCUUCAAUGAAACGGAGAGUGCUGCUGAGCAAACCUUCGCGGACAUUGGUAUGCGGUCCUAGUUCUAGAUAUUCUUUAAUAUUUUCCAGACCGAUGAUAAGGUUCGUAAUGGCCAGCAUGAAAGAAACGUUGGAUGAACAAAGGCGUUAUUGGAAAAAGGUUCACGAUAAAAGUUCACGGGAGACUGUGCUUUUCCGUGAAGCUUUAAAGGAAGAUGAUGUAGUGGAUAUGAUUAAUAAGGUAAUUUGUCCCCAUUACUACGCGUUCCAAGAGCGACUUGUUUUCUUUCAGAUGAAUUUGAAUCACCUACUAUACUCAAACUUUGUGCCAAUGGACGUGAUUCACUCUCUGUUUUUAUCAAGUUUUCAUACCGUGGAUAAUAUUGGCGUGGCGCAAUUCAACAGACCUCUCAAGUGCUAUUUCUAUGCCGAUAUUUCGGCCAUCGUGUCUAUUGUUUUACUUGUCAUAGUAUUCACUCGGUAUAACAGUGAUGGACAGAAAUUUAUUCAUGAUCUUUCCGUGGAUACCGUGGAAAUGAGAUCCCUAAGCUUACAACUCUUGAAACUCUCGGAGUUUAGAAGGAAGAAGACCGAAUCUGCACUUAUAUCUCUUAUAGUGCUCAGAAGCGCGCUAUUCGUUCAUGACAAUUCGGAGGGUGCGAAUGAAGAAUUUAACUCUUAUCCUGUGUUCAACAUAUACCUGUCCCUGUGUUUCCAGAUGGGUAUAUAUCUCGAUACCAAUACAAUUGAUAUCCUAGUCUUUAAAAAGAAACGCUUGUUGAAAUCACGUACAAUGUCUCCUUCGCAGAGAAAGGAGUUAUGGAACUAUAUCCAGACCGAGGAUGCUGAGUACUCCGUUUCUAUGGGUAUACCUUUACUGAUUGACUACAAUUUUUGUGCUCCUUAUUAUAAAAGGUCCAAUGUUUUCUUUGAGAAACAGAGAGAGUAUUGUGUUCUGUUACUUCGGGAGAUAUCCAUGAAACUCAAUUCUUUGCGAGCCGUAUCCAUGCGGGAACUUCUUGCACUUCUUGACAAGAUACUGUCUUUUUUCAAGAGAAUCCCGUUUAAAGUAUUUUCAGAUCACGGGUUGCAGGGUGUGGACCUUGAUGAAAUGGCCAACCUAUUAAAGUUCAAGUUUCUUCUCCUUGAUAUGAUACCUGCCUUGUGCCGCAUGAUAAUUCAUGCCAUCAGCGGUCUCUUUGAUAGUCAUUCAUUCGUUUUGCAAAACCAGGAUACUUUCAAUUUUCUUACAUCUUUAGCUCAGGAAAUGUUCAGAACGCUACUCUUUGCGGUAUCUUUAUCACUAUAUAUGAUGACCCAUAUAUGUGAUGGUAGGAGCAUAUUCGGCAAAGAGCAGGAUGGAAAGUAUCUCAUCUAUUUCCGAGAUGUGUUUGCCAAGUCAAUGUCGACGUCAUUCGUUUUAUGGUAUACAUUGUUACUUUCUAAGGCGACAAAACAUCCGGAAUUAGUUACAGAUAUCUCUAAUGCGGCAUUGCUUCUGGAUUAUCCACCCGAUUACAAAGGAAACAUCAAUGAGCAGCUCAACGUUUUUAUUAUAGAGGAUGUCCUUCUGAGCAAACAUUCGGGAAAAAGCAUCGAGUAUUGCGAAGCUGUAUGCGGUAAGCUUCUCAGUAUCUCAGAGUUGAUAAAUUUUGCGUCAUCACUUUACGACAUUAUGGGCAGAAAUGAAUCAAUUAAAAAUAGUUUGGACUCAUUCCUUACGCUCAAGGCUGUUAUUUUAUGGAUGUAUGGCCUUGAGACUGUACAAGAGUGCAAAGAGCUGCUGAACAGGAAAGAAAUGACAGUGACAGAUCUUAUUACAAAGACGAAAGAAAGGGUGGAGUCCAGAUUUAAUAUGGGUAGAGUGGACAGUGGAAUCAAAUUGAGUGAUGAAAACAUCCUGUUAGAGAAGAUGUUUGAUUCAAUAUUCUCGGAAAGUAACCUAUUUGAUUUGUCUCCAGAUGGUAAUUCGCAGAAUGACUUGGCGUUACUUGACGGUGCGGAAACUAUGAGUGUAAAUCGUCAUAGUAAUAUCCCUCUAAAUUCGGAAAUAAAUUACGGAGAUUACGAGUUCGAUAUGAACACGGAAGGUCCUUAG